ACGAAUAAUUUGAAUGGCAUUAAAUGAAAAGAUAUCAAAAUUAUCAUUUGGAUUUAAAUUGACGGGAACCAUAAAACAACAACCAACCCGGAAGUAUGCUGCUCGUAUUUCUUCCUCUUUUCUUAAUGGCGGUUGACAAACUGGAUUUAAAUAACAAAACGUCACCAGCUGGACUGGAGUGGACAUUACAUUUCCAAGAUAGAUCGAUGGAAAGGUAGAUAGAUAGCUUUUUACAAGUGAAUAAAAACGCUCAGCUCUUAAAGUAACAUCAUGACCAAAACUGAAAAGCAAUAGGCCCAAGUGUUUAUCAAAACGGCAUUCCUAAAACGUAAAAAUAAUUAUUUGACCACCACAAAAACUUAAAAAAUAGCUGCAGGCAAUGUGUUUUUCUGACCGUAACAUUGAAAAUAGUUUAGUUUUAUUUAGAGUGGAAACGAGUGAAUUUUAAUACUUGGGUCACUUCUCAGAUGUAGCUCAAAAUGUUCAAACCAAUUUUUAAAAAAGCAAAAUAUAUGGAUAAGUGAUUCAAAGAAUGGAUAGACGGGUGGAAGUUGCUGGAGGUGCUUCUUGGGGGUUGUUAGAGCAGUCUGAGAAGUUGCUGGUGGACCUGAAUGAAUGAAUGAAUGUGCUCUAUAAUUCCAACGUUCGUUUUUGACACCACAAUCAAGUGACUGUAAAAUGUUUAUGUUAAAAUGGGUUCGAGGUCCUCAAGCAGGAAAGAGUAGUGAAAAUAUCGCUCCACCAAUGGGGGCCACCCUUGACAUCUAAAUCAAGCGCACCAGGAGAAAAAUGGCAUUCAAACCUUUUCCAGCCAAUCAGAUCGCUGAAAGAAGACAGCGCUGUAGUUUGAAUACACUGCGGAAACAGUCGGGAGUCAGUUUUUUUUUCCACCGAGUGGAGAAAAAUGGCUACAGAGGCAAUGUAGGCGAAAGUUAAUUAAUUAAAUGUGUACGAUGCAAGGUGGUCGCUGCUUUAGAGGUCUAAAUGAGAUUUUCGAUUGGAAUAAUAAUUUGUUUUUUUUUUUCUUAGCGACGUGAAUGUUUUUCUUUGCGGCUGGCUAAAGUUAGCUUCAGUAACUGCAUUGCUAUCCAUAUGUACUUGGCAAACUCCUCAUGUAAAGCUCGUCGACUAAAUUAAAAAAAAUGGUAAUUUUGGACUAAGAAAACGUGUUCGUUUUUUGUUGUUGCGCUUCGUGUCAUAAAACCUGAUUGAAUGUUUUUUUUUUGUUAUGUUUCCACACGUAAUGAUGACUUAACGACAGUUUGUUUAAAAAGACACAACGUAAAGGAGUCCCACGCUUUUUGUGAGAAGAAAGUGAACGUCGUUUUUAGUUUUUAGGGUGUAGUUUAGCAGGGUAGGAGACGAAAAUGAUGGUCGAGGAGAGAAAUGUGGUUCGCCGAGUGGCUCUGCAGCAUCUCCGCACAACGUAUGGGAUCAAGACAAAGAACUGGAACAAAACCAAAUCAGCCAGUUGUAAGUCAACAACAACAAACUCGACCAAGGUGUUUGGAGUGCCAUUGGAGCUUUUGCCAUAUUAUGACAUGGCACAUGGGAGUGUGCCACGCUUUCUGGUGGAUGCAUGUAUGAAGUUGCAGGCGCAUGUUGACACAGAAGGCCUAUUCAGAAAAUCGGGCUCUGUUGUUCGCCUGAAAGUGCUGCAGACUAAAGUGGAUUCCGGUGAGGAGUGCCUGUCUACCGCGCUUCCCUGCGAUGUGGCCGGCCUGGUGAAGCAGUUUUUUAGGGAUCUGCCAGAACCUGUUCUGCCCACUGAGCUGCAGGAGGCCUUCCUCAAGGCCCAGCAGCUUCCCACCAAGGAGGACCGCACCUCUGCCACCAUGUUGCUGUCUUGCGUCCUGCCUGACAGGAGCCUCAGUGUUUUGCACCACUUCUUUGAGUUCCUCCAGAAUGUCUCCAAGAGGAGCGCAGAGAAUAAGAUGGACAGUGCUAACUUAUCCGUAAUCUUGGCUCCCAAUCUCCUCCACUGUGGAGAAGGGACAGAGAAGAUGAACGCCAACACAGAAAAACGCAUCAGAUUGCAGACGGCUGUUGUUUGCUGCCUCAUCGAGCACGCUCAUAACUUUGGUGCCUUGCCAAAGUUCCUUGAAGAGAAGGUUUCAGACACGAUGCGCCGUGAGCCAGCAAUUCUGUCGCCUCUGUUCAAUGAGCUUAAGGAGCUGGACCAGAACUCAGGGAUGAGGGGGAGACACAGACACAGUCUUGGAGUCUUUUCUUCUGCCACUCCCGUGAUUGCGACACCAUCCUCCAAGCGAAAACUGCCUGUGGAUUCCGGUUAUUCUUUUGGAUUCUCAAACAAGAAACGUAAAUCUGUCAAGAAGAAUCUUGGGAUGGAAUUACUUCCCAGUUCCUUGUUCAGCGGCACGUCCACUCCCGGAUCAGCUUGCAGCGCCUCAGGGGUGUUGGAUUCAUCCCAAAGUGCUCUGUCCUCUGAUGGGAAGUGUCAAAGGCAGCCAGCCACAUCAGCAAGGAAAAAGAGCAGACGACUGAGCGGCAGACAUGUAGUCAGCAGAGUUGAAUCUGGAAGAGCCGGCUGCUUUUCUCCCAAAGUCAACAAGAAAGAAGCACAGCGCAAGUCUCUGCGCCAGCGUUUCAGUUUGGGGAGGAGCCACAAAGAUGCCGGAUCCGAGUCUAUAGGUUGGCGACUCGCCACCCAGGAGAGCACCACCGGUUUUUGUUUCACCAAAGAGGCUACGAUCAAGCCAUCGCUUCUGCCCACAAAUGCACAAUCCAACAGUUCAAAGUUUAUAAGCAAGUCUGAGGACAACUUACUGACCCCGCAGUGUAAGCCCCGUGCCCGCCACACCUCAUGGAGCUGGGUGGCCCCUGGAGAAGCACAGCUCUUUGCCGGAGGGGCCUUCCCUGAAACGCCCACAAGUGUUUGCCAAAAGAGCCAUUUCAUGUCCGAACCCGCCGUUGUCGUGUCCAAACCUUUGACUGGGUCCAACCUGCCCAAAAAGCUUUGUUGCGCUUCCAGCGCGGAGAGCCUGGAAAUUGAAUCCUCCAUCUCCAAAGCCUCGUGCCGGACAGUAGCAUCCCCGCCGAAGGUGGAGAACGCCCUCGUAGAAUUGGGAGCUCCAACACCAGAGUCCAAAACACAGCUGUCAGACAGCAUCCUGCUCCCUCCGCCCAAGACUCCCCCAGUUGUGCGUUUAACUGAGGACACAUUUAUGUCCAAGUUGCUACCUCAUCAUGAGCUAAACGUUACCUUUGACAUAGCCGCCUUAUCACCUUUGCAUAUUGAUAGUAUCGUUUUAGAUUCUGCUGGGAGUUGCAGUCCUGCUCAGGGUUCAUUUUUCACUGCUGCUGUUGGGCACAAUAGCUCAGCGAUGGGUGGAAGUGACGACUCAGCCGACCAGGUUUGCUGUAGCAGACUGAUUGAAGCUCUAGACGUACAGAGUCCGGCACACUUUCGGAUGGGUAUCUCGCCAGGACUCCGGUCCACCCCCUACGCGCCGCCCCUUGAGCUUGCAGAUGAGCAGGGCACAGCAUAUCGCAAGGAUGUGUCUUCCUCCAAGGCUAGCACCCAAAUGCAACAUCAACCGCCACACGCUCCAGAUUGCCGCCAUCCGCGUGUGGCAGAGCACAUUCAACAUUUCAACAAACUAACCCUUAAAUCUCCCAGAGGCGCCGAGGCCAAGCAUGUCAGGUCGCCGCUCAAAUUUCAGCGCACUCCCGUGCGUCAGGCCGUCCGGAGGAUCAACUCUCUCCUCGGAGAGAACAGCAGACCCGCUCGAAAUGUGGAUAUGAUUGACACUCGAGGCAUCAAAGCUGUGAAAGCUCUGAGCUUGGAGAGCGGCCUUUCCCCGCGCGAGCAGCUUCAGCCAUCCAAGGGAGAGGCUCAACUGGUUCUGAACAGUGCCAAACCGCUGAAGAAACCACCCCCUGUGCCACCCAGAAAGCCAAGCCUAUUGGCUGCUAGAAGCAACACUUCUGCUCUUGGCGACAUGACCAACAAGUUCCAAAGCAGGGCCAAUGUGGACUCGUCCAUCUGGCAGGCAGCAGCAGCGCAGAAGGUUGUUUUGAAGCAGGUCACAGAGGAUGAGGCGCGACAUUAUAGAGGUUCACCCAGAAACCCUCUGAAACAACCACGACUGCUGCCGGCUACGAAACCUGUUGAUUUGUAGCAAUGCUUCUUUUGCCAUCAUAAAUUACAGUUGAUUUGAGUCAUUGAUGUGGGAUUUAAUUUAUUUGUGGCUUCAAUAGGUGCUGCGUAUAUUGUCAUGGCCUUCUCAAGAAAUGUGCCUUUGCCUUACGAUACUUUCCAGUAGGUUUUAGAUUGUAGAGUGUUGGUGAAUCUUUUUUUCGUGGUGGAAUUCCAGGAAAUUGUAAUAUCCCUUUAAUUUAUGCAUUCUAUGGCUAUUACUGUUUACAUUUGCUCAUGUUUCUUUUUUAUUGUUAAAUUGUUUCUUGUUUUUGUACUAGGCCAGAAAAAGUACAGUUUUUGAUGGGGUGCGGGGGGAUAGCCAAAUAGUAUUCAAGAAAUCAGAAAAUUCCGCAACCAGUAAAACACACAUGACAAAUAAACUCAAUAAGUACCUCUAAAAAUGUCAGCGGUCAUCUUGUUGCACAAAGGACAAUAUCUUAGCAGCCACUAGAGGGGGCUGCAUAGCAAUUUCUGAGUUUGUUGUGCUGUCCCGGACGACUAUCGCUGCAAAACAAAUGACUUCUACUGUAUAUAAAUACAUAACAUAUUAAAAAAAAUGUAGUGAAACU